AUGUCUGAGGCAUUCGUCCGUGUAUAUAUGCAGGGAAAAAGGUCUCCAUCAAAGGCAUGCAAGAGUCAAAAGAGAAGGAAGGGCUCCCAGAAGGACAAUUCACCUCCAUUACAAGGCAAUUUCGUUCUGAUGGUGGAGCUUAGGAAGAAAAUCACAACAUUUAGAGACAUCGUUGAUCUACCACCUUGUAGUACCUCUUUAUCCAUAGAUAAGAUGAUCAUAGGGACAAUGCAAGAUCUCCAUAAAUACUACCCUGAAAGCAUACCCCGGUUCAGUAGAUCGAAAUUAAAAAGAUUACCCCUUGAAGAGAUAUUGAUAUACUUUUGCACGGCAUUGCGAGAUCUUGCAGACGUUUCGAAUAUAAACGGUGAAGGGAUAGACAAAUGCAAACUUGAUAUACAUGACAAUGAAGAGCCCAAAAGUGUUGAAGAAUUAGUUGAAAUUACGGUGGCAACCCUCGAUGGGUUGAUUAAGAUAGCAAGAGAGAAAGGUGAUAUGAUUAGUGAAGACGAAGAGAAUGAUAAGGGUUUAAGUCAAAAGGUUAAUCCUUGUAAAGAAAAUGGCUAUUGCUGCCCUUCACCGACUUCGGUGCUGCCUGAGUUGAUGAACAGUCCAUUAAAACCUCCUUCUUCCUCACCUCUUUUGUUGUCUGUCAAUGUACAAGCGGUGGGGAAACUGAGCUCCAUGGAUGUGAAGCGACUGCAAUUACAUAUGCUUCCUGAUUAUAGAGAUGAAGUUCCCAAUUUUUUGAAGCAAAACAAGGUUAUGAUUGAGGAACAAGAUACAGAAGAACAUGGUGAAGUUGUUGAUGAAACCGGGGAUUUGAACUCUCAAAACGAGACACUAGAGGAUCAAGUUUCUGGUGCGGAUGGUGCAGACGGUGAUUCAACUAUGAAUGGAAGUAAUGCUGCAGCAGUAACACCAAUGCAUACGCCGCCACCGGAGGUGACACCAGCUCCCGAGUUGUCGGGAGAUGAAGAAGUGGCUGAAGAUGGAUCAGCAUCACCACGACCAGCAACAUCAGCAGAAGUUUUAUCGGAUAUUCCCCCACCACCGCCACCCCAACCAAAUGCAGAAGCUGUACAACUACAACCAACUUUGGAAGCAAAAGAACCAGAGUUGCCCUCACCGGGUUCGGCAUUGGAAGAAACAGCAGCAGCAACUGGAGUAACAUCGCCGCCACCUCCACCACUACCACCGCCAGCUCCAUCAAAACCAAAUAUAGGGGUAACAGCAACAGCACCACCUCCACCACCAUCACUACCACCAUCAGCGCCAACAGAGCCAAAUAUAGAGGUAGCAGCAGCAGAACCUCCACCACCACCACCAUCAGUGCAACCAGAGCCAAACAUAGAGGUAACAGCAGAACCUCCUCCACCACCAUCAGCUCCAACAGGGCCAAAUAUAGAGGUAACAGCAGCACUCCCUCCACCACCAGCAGCUCCAACAGAGCCAAAUAUAGAGGUAACAGCAGCAGCACUUCCUCCACCACCACCUCCUGUAGUGAAAAAAGAAGCACCGGUUACACCAUCACCACCUUCUCUUCCUAGAUGUAUAUCAACACCAUUUACACAACCACCACCUCCUCCUCUUCCUCCUAGAACCGCAUCAAGAGGACCCGCACCACCACCACCACCACCACCCAUGAUGACUUCAAAAGGAUCAGGACCAAUGCCGCCGCCGCCGCCACCAGCACCAGCAGGAGCGUCACUGGCGAAUGGAGCUGCUCCACCGCCUCCACCACCUGGUAGCUUGCGCUCCAAGAAAUCAAAUACUAAAUUAAUGAGAUCAAGUCAUAUGAGUAAUCUAUAUCGAAAUCUCAAAGGCAAAGUAGAAGGAGUUCCAAAGCGAGGCUCCUCGGCAUCUAAUGGAAGAAAGGGCGGAGGAGGAGGUGCUGCAAGCGGUGGGAAUGGGAAACAACAAGGAAUGGCUGAUGCAUUAGCGGAGAUGACAAAGAGAUCAACCUACUUCAUACAAAUCGAAGAAGAUGCUAAGAAAUAUGAAAAACCAAUCAAAGAACUCAAAACUACCAUCAGUACAUUCAAAACCAGUGACAUGUCUGAGCUAAUCAAGUUCCACAAGUAUGUGGAAUCCAUUCUUGAGAACUUAACAGAUGAAAGUCAGGUUCUCGCCAAGUUUGAAGGCUUCCCCGGGAAAAAGCUGGAAGCAUUAAGGACAGCAUCAGCUCUUUACUUGAAGUUAGAAUCAAUGGUGACUGAGCUACAAAACAUGAAGAUCGAGCCUCCUUUGACUCAGCUUCUUGAGAAGGUUGAACGUUACUUCGACAAGAUAAAGAAAGAAAUAGACUCCCUGGAGCGAACCAAGGAUGAAGAAGCCAAGAAAUUAAAGGGCCACAACAUCGAAUUUGACUUCCAAAUUAUUGUACGAAUCAAAGAAGCAACUGUUGAUGUUUCCUCCAACUGCAUGGAGUUGGCACUGAAGGAGAGAAGAGAAGCGAAGUUGGCAGAAAAUGAAGUGUCGAAAAGCAAAGGUGAAAGACCACAGAAAGCAUGCACUAAAAUGCUGUGGAGGGCUUUCCAAUUUGCUUUCAGGGUUUAUACAUUCGCAGGCGGACAUGACGAUCGUGCCGAUAGGCUGACCCGAGAACUGGCUCAUGAAAUUGAGACUCAUGCUGAACAUCAAAAAUUGUAACACCUAUAUAUAUGAGGUGUAGUAGCAUGAGACACUUGAGGAAUUCAAUUUCUUUGUAAAUUAAACCUACUUUUUUUGAGUUGUGAUUUUGAUGGACUAAGAAAUUGAAAACUGCU